CCAAAAGGCCUCUCUGCCUAUGUCUCUCUUUCAAAAAAAGAUGGAACUUUCCUUCUAGUUUCUGUGUUUCCUCGAGUGUGCUAGCGUGCGCUCUCUGUCACUGCUUAACGUGCGCCAGAUGAGAUAUGUCGCCGGCGGGAACAGUUGCAUCAGCGAUUAUCAGAAUCUCGAGGUACAGGGCGGACUACUAGGAGAUUAAGGCGGGAGUGUUUUUUAAACGGCGGAGAUUUAAUCUCCUUGGGACCCACGCCCGGAAAUGGACGGCCAGAAAAGCCAAGCGAAGCUGACAAGAAACCAUUCGUCACUUCUCCGUUCAAUCCCUACUGUCCGAUCGUCCAUCCAUAGCUUAACUUCCGUAGCCGAGGAGGACCUUAUCAAACCAGAGCAGAAGCAGCUACAACAGCAACAACAAAAGCAAGAAUUAGAAGGGAAACUAAGAGAAGAGAAAAGAAAGCCUUACCGGUCAUGUUCAACUCCGAGAAGGAUCAGUUCGGCUCGGUUCACUCCUGUUCUUACCAUGGUUUCGUUUUCUUUCUUCACUCUCAUCUCGCUUUCCUUCUUUUUCUACUUUUAUUUGAGAAGAGAAGAAAUACCCACAUCAGAGAAUCUUUUAUUAGCUUUAAUUUUCAUAGCUAUAACGCUUUUCUUCGCAAGCAAGAACAAGAACUUAAUCAACCAGAACUUGACCAUAUUCAAGCAAUUAUGGGAAGAAAACACAAGAAGACUCUGUCUUUGCACUUCGAGAGCCAAAUCGAGGCCCGUUCAAUGGUUUAUUGGCGAGUCAAAUGCCGAUAGCAAAAGUAAAAUCCGGAAGGAGAAGAGGAUUAUAAGAGAAGGAGUGGAAUUUUAUAGCAAUGGGGAUUUCUAUGAAGGAGAAUUUCACAAAGGGAAAUGUAAUGGCAGUGGGGUUUAUAACUACUUUGUCAAUGGGAGAUACGAGGGUGAUUGGAUUGACGGGAGAUAUGAUGGGUACGGCAUAGAGAGCUGGGCUAGAGGGAGUAGAUAUAGAGGGCAAUGUAGACAAGGUUUAAGGCAUGGGUAUGGGGUUUAUAAAUUUUACACCGGCGAUUCUUAUGCUGGUGAAUGGUGUAAUGGGCAGAGCCAUGGUGUUGGAGUGCAGACUUGCGCUGACGGAAGCUGUUACUUGGGUGAAUUCAAGUGUGGUGUCAAGCAUGGCCUUGGGGUUUACCAUUUCAGAAAUGGAGAUAGAUAUGCUGGUGAAUAUUUUGGAGAUAAAAUCCAUGGGUUUGGUGUGUACCACUUUGCCAAUGGCCACUGCUAUGAAGGGUCAUGGCAUGAAGGCCGGAAGCAAGGUUAUGGAAUGUAUACUUUCAGAAAUGGUGAAGCAAAAUGUGGUGAUUGGGAUGGUGGUGUCCUUAAAAACCCUCUGCCUCUACUAACUGAUUCUGUCCUUAGAGCAGUUCAGGCCGCUAGAAAAACAGCGGAAAGUGCCAUUCACCUUCCUCGGGUGGAUGAAGAAGUGAACAAGGCAGUUCAGGCAGCAAAUAGAGCAGCCACAGCUGCAAGAGUAGCAGCUGUCAAAGCUGUUCAAAACCGGAUGGACGGAAAAUUUUGUGAUACAAACGUGUAAGAGAUAUUUAGGUUUCGUUGGAAGUGUAAAUUCUUUUGACUAAUUUUGAUGUACUUGGAAGAACACCGGCCCGAUGAGCAAAAGCUUGUCAGAGGUUGAGAGUGUUUGAAGCUCUUCUUUUAUCACACUCACUCACUCACUCACUGUAACAUGUAAAUACACCAUGUAUAUCAAUGGAAGGUGAAUUUUCAAAGAGGCUUAUCCUUUUCUUCA